AAUCAGGCGCACCGCGAACAAUUAUCAUAUGAGCUUGAAGGCCAGUGCAGUUUCCACUAGUGCAGUAUUUCCAAAAAAAUAUAUAAAAAAAAUAUAAAUUUAAAUUGUUUACAUUUGUGUCUCGUCUGUCACAGCGGCAAUGGAUUGGUUGAAAUUGUUCGCUCUUCUGGUAGCUGUAGCGACAGUCCAGAUCACGGCAGAUGCGCCUAAGAAAAAGAUCCGCAUACAUCUACCACAAAAGGUGAAACAUAUACACCACCAUAAGAAAAUCUAUAUUACCAAUCAUCCAGCAUCAUCCCAAUAUGCACCGGCUUUCAUGCCAAGCGCUGAAGGCGCGGUGGCUAUGCCGACCAACGUCGCGGUGCCGGCCGUGGCGAACAUGUUACCCGAACUGUACGACGAGUCGCCGACCCGCUUGCCCGGGAUCACCUCGGCGGCUUCCAAGCUGCUGCCGCUGUACCGUGCACGCGGCUACUAUGGCCCUACGCCGCAGGAGUGGGACGAUCAGGAGUACGACCUAGCUCCGCCCCCUGAACCGACAGACAGCACUUACUUACCUACAGGCUUUGCAGGCCCAUCAGCUGCUCCGGCUGUACAACCAAAUUAUCCACCGAAAAGAGUCAAAAUAGUAAAGGUGAAUGAGAAUCCGCGUAAGAAAGCUCCCAGAAAGGUUAAGCCGAAAAGAGUUUUAGUACGGGGCAAACCAGGCCAAGCUGAGGAAGAGCAUCCUGUGUCCACCUUUCAUGAACAAUUUUAUUCAGACCUUGAUAGUUCUGGAACAAUCCGAAAAGUAAGGAAGCCGCAACGAGUUGAAAAAAUUAUCGACGGUGAUACCGAACACAUUCACACUUAUAGUGAAGAACAUAUUCACAAGCUAGUGUUUGACGACGGGUCCAAGCUUGGAGUAGUCGGGAUCGACCCCGUUGGCAGCAUGUCUGCUCUCGCCGGCGCACACCCUCUAGUUCCUCUGAAAAAUUCUCAUGCGAUAUUAGCGUUGCCCUCUGAUCCACUAACUGGUUAUACUGCAGUCGGCUCCAUGGGAACUCCCUCACAUCUAGAGUAUACAUCUUAUAAUCCACGAGAAGUUACUCACGAUCAUAUAUUCCAUGAUCACGGAGAAAUCCCUUCCGAUGUCGAUAUUACUAAAGAUCCUUUGGCUUACCCGCCGAGAAUGACUUACAACAGUCAGGGUUUGCGAAUCGGGCUAGGACCCCAUAAAGGACUCAAAAGCAAGUAUUCUCACAAAUAUUUGAGAUCACAGCAAAAACCAGGACACCUCACGGAUUUUACAUACUACGAAAACAUAUACACGCCCUACAACAAACUUCGUAAUGUACAAAAGCCAACUAUUCCAACGCCUUAUGAGUCUCCGGAGCAAAAUUUAGAGGAUUACAGGCCUAUUCCCCACUUUAAAGUGAAAGAUAAGGCAAACUUCAAGACUCGUAAUGUAGUACCAGCACUAUAUUUUGGAAACGGAAAACAAGUGUCUGACUACCGACUACAGCAGGCCAGCGCCUCGGCCCCCUACUCAGUGUCGUCCACCGUCGUCCACGACUACAAGCCAAAGCAUUACCCAGGCCAGGGAGUCGAAGCUGUGAGCCUGUCUAAAUUCAAUAAAAACAUUUACAACUAUCCAAAUACCUAUGAAUACGAUUCAUUUGCUUCCUCAUCAAAUCUGUUCGGAUCUGAAAAUACUGGUCUAAAUUAUCCAACAAAAAAAGGCAAAAAGAAAUCCAUAUCAACACAAAACAUUAGUUUUGGUGGUUUAGAUCAUCAGACAACAGUUGAUCACUUGGAAGAUUCGGGCGUGUCAGCAACUUCGCUUAAUAAUGUGCCCUCAGCUUUUGAAAACUUUAACAGCUAUGAUCAACCGAAGGCUUUGGAAUCGGCCCCUUCGACUGCUUACACGAUAAGGGAAACUUCUCCAGUACACCCGUAUUAUACUUCGAUGGCAGUAAAAGCUCUGAAUGGGGAGCAGGUGUCAUUAGCUGAGGCAUCUAAUGACAAUUACCAGUACGCUGAAGCUCCGGUACCUUCAACAACUCCCUUCAUAGCCACAGUAGCGACCACCACGGCUCCUCCACAGGAAUACUAUGAGAUACAGAGCACUGACACUAUCUCCACGGAAGCUCCCACUUACGAUACUAGGCCAAGAACGGCACCUAAAGACAAAAGUUCUGAAGUCAGUAGUUUACAUAAAGAGCCUAAGCCCAGGUACAAAAUCAUAGCAUUGCAAUCAAAAGAAAUGCUGUCCACGCAUGAGUCUGACCACUACUACAAACACAGUGCGGACGCGUCGAGCACCUCAGGGAAGCUGAAAUAUGGUGACAAAAUAUGAACUCUAUUACAUCGGAAUUAGGCCUUUAUGAUACAGUGCUCUCGAGCUCAAGUUUAUUUAAACGAAUUAGCAGGUUAAAGACGUUUCUCUUACAAUUUUUGAGCUAUAUUGAGAGCCAUUUCUUAAUUAGAACUUAGUGCUAUUUAGUUUUAUAAGUACGUGAUCUUAAGUCUGUGUGUCGCACUGAAUGCCGUGAGUGAUGUGAGUUUUAUAAUCUGAUACUUUGUGAAUAUUUAAUUAUUAUUUAUUCUAUCUUGUAUAGCUAAAAUAAUCAAGAUAUGAUUAUUGGUUAUACGAAAAGCGCGAACGACGAUGGUAUUCAUGCAUUUUAUACGAAUCUAUAGGCGAAGUUUAAAUAUAAUGUACAUAAUAUGAAGUGAAUUUUAUUUACAAUUAAAAAAAAACUACUUGUGACAGUGAAUUUCGUGUUCACUGUUGUUAGCGCCUGAGUGAUGCCACUACGGCUUCACACUAGUGUCAUUCAUUGCUCUGUAUUUUAAACAGGUGUUCAACUUUCGAGAAAGCAUACGUGGGUAAGUACUUUGGAAAUGUAUUAGAAAAAAGUGACGAGUAGGUACCACACUACAUAUUUAUACUAAUCUUCUAACUGUCGACGUAUAAAGAUACGUUCCUAUUUAUGCGUGUGCAAUAAUUACAUAAAAUUUACCAAAAAAAUCCUGAAAAUUUCCGGCCACGUUUCAACGUACAUUGUUAUGUGCUCAUAAAAAUGCUUACUUUUUAAUUGUCUACUUCAAUCAUAAUGUGUUAUUCCAGACAGUCUAUCUCCGUGCACAAUUUUAUUAAAAUACAUUCAGUAGGUUUCGCGACAAAGAAGCUGAGAGCAAAAAACAUCCUAACACCCAAACAACUCGGUUUAUAAUUUAGUACGAUUUCAGUAAAUUGUAAAACAAUUCAUUCACAAAACGUUUUGCCAUCCUAACUAAAGCAUAAAUGAAAUUUAACUAUA